AGUAUGAUGAUAUGUCAAAAUAUUCUGACACGUCAACUGUACACAUGGACAAAACACCUCAGAUUCUGGGCCAAAAAAAAAAAAUUGUGGGGCUUACCUCCAGCCCCCCAAACUCACUAUCUUCUCCCCUUUCUUCCCCUUUCAACCCUAGAAGAGCAGUUCUUCACCGGGUUCUCGAAGGAACCCAGCCGCUGGGUUUCGUUGGAACCCAAGAGCUGGGUUCUUUCGAGAACCCCUGGGUUCUUUCUCGAACCCAGGCGCUGGGUUCUCGAAAGAACCAAGGCGCUAGGUUCCUUCUCAAACCCAGGCCUUGGGCAGAACCCAAGCGCUGGGUUCUUGAAGGAACCCAGCUGCCUGGGUUCGAGAAGAAACCUAGCACCUGGGUUCCUUCGAGAACCCAAGCGCUGGGUUCGAGAAAGAACCCAGAUGCUGGGUUUCUUCUCGAACCCAGGCAGCUGGGUUCUUCCCAAGACCUGGGUUCUAACGAACCCAACACCUGGGUUCUAACGAACCCAGCACCUGGGUUCUUUCUCGAACCCAAGGCCUGGGUUCCAACGAACCCAGCGCUUGGGUUCUCGAAGGAACCUAGCCACCUAGGUUCGAGAAAGAACCCAGGUGCUAGGUUUCUUCUCGAACCCAGGCGGCUAGGUUCCUUCGAAAACCCAGCGCCUGGGUUCUUCCCAAGGCCCCAAGAGCUGGGAAGAUUCGAGAAAGAAGAUGCUGGAGGAAGAAGAUGAUGCAAAAUUGUAAUUUGGUGGGCCCCACUUUUGUUUUUGUGUUGGGUAUGACCAUGUCAUCAUUUAUCUAGUUGGACAACUGACGUGUCUUAAAUUUUUGAUAUGUCUGUGAGUUAACGAACGAUUUUUUAACUCACAAUUUUUAACGGAAGGACCAAGUUGGGGUAAAAUGGGUAAACAAUAGGGACCAAAUCAAGGAUUUUUUUAGUU